GAACUUCCCAACCUGAGAUCGGGUGUGCCUUCCUGUGUGAACGACAGAGGCGGAGUUUACCGUGUCACAGACGGAAAAGCUGCAGCUGCUUUUCAUUUUGCUGUUUGCAAAGCAGGAGUCUCCGUGUGGCCCCGUCAGCUGGCAGCAUGUGUGAGACACGGGGACCAGGACAGCCACAGUGACGAGACACCGGCUGGGAUAUACAUUAUCUAACCGAGGUUGCUUGUGGAUGAACUUCAACCAUGGUGCAGAAAUACCAGUCCCCUGUUCGGGUCUACAAGCACCCAUUUGAGCUAAUAAUGGCGGCUUAUGUGAGGAGGUUCCCAAAAUGCCCCUUGAUCCCAGUUUUUGCGGACAGUGAGAUGAUCUAUGAGAACCAAAGUGAGGGUGGAUCCGUGCUGGUAACUGAGAGGCGCUGCACGAUCGACAUUGAUGCUCCACGACUUCUCAAACGGAUUGCUGGUGUAGACUACCUGUACUUCAUCCAGAAGAACACUCUGAACCGCAGAGAGAGGACGCUCCACAUUGAGGUCCACAAUGAGACGUUUUCCAACAGAGUCAUUGUCCGCGAGUGCUGCAGCUACACAGUUCAUCCAGACAAUGAGGACUGGACAUGCUUUGAACAGACAGCGAGUCUGGACAUCAAGUCUUUUUUUGGCUUUGAGAGCACAGCAGAGAAGAUAGCUAUGAAACAGUAUGCUAGUAACAUUCAAAAGGGUAAAGAAAUUAUUGAGUACUACCUCAGGGAAUUGGAGGAAGAAGGAGUAACUUACAUACCUCGUUGGACCCCCCCUGUAGUCUCUGGCACUGCUGGUGACAACAGUCUGCUUCCCUUCUCUACUGCCAGACCCAUCCCGGUGAAUGGUGCCAAGGACCUGGCCUGUUCCACAGAACUAGUGGCUGGCUCUCCUGAUGACAAAUUGGAUGCUGACUACAUCAGACGUUACCUAGGUGAUUUAACGCCUCUGCAAGAAAGCUGUCUUAUUCGACUGCGCCAGUGGCUCCAGGAAACCCAUAAGGGCAAGAUUCCAAAGGAUCAGCAUGUACUGCGCUUCCUGAGGGCCAGAGAUUUCAACCUCGACAAGGCCAGGGAGUUCUUGUGCCAGUGUCUUACCUGGAGGAAGCAACAUCAGGUGGAUUUCCUGUUAGGCACAUGGGAGUGGCCACAGCUGCUCCAUGACUACUACACUGGGGGCUGGCACCACCAUGACAGAGAUGGCCGUCCUCUGUACAUCCUGCGUUUGGGACAAAUGGACACUAAGGGUUUGGUACGAGCCUUGGGAGAGGAGGUGCUUCUGAGACAGGUUCUGUUCAUUAAUGAGGAGGGACUGAGGCACUGCGAGGAAAACACCAGAGUCUUCGGCCGACCCAUUAGCUGUUGGACUUGCCUGGUGGAUCUGGAGGGUCUGAACAUGCGUCACCUGUGGAGACCGGGCAUUAAGGCUCUGCUGAGGAUCAUCGAGGUGGUCAAAGCCAACUAUCCUGAGACUCUGGGUCGCCUCCUUAUACUGAGAGCACCUAGAGUUUUUCCAGUGCUCUGGACCCUGGUCAGCCCCCUGAUCGAUGAGAACACUCGUAAGAAGUUUCUUGUUUAUGCUGGAAAUGACUACCAGGGUCCAGGAGGCUUGGUGGACUACAUUAACGAAGAGAUCAUCCCUGAUUUCUUAGGAGGGGACUGUGCUUGUGACAUCCCUGAGGGAGGUAUGGUUCCCAAACCUCUGUACAGGACAGCAGAGGAGCUGGAGAGUGAGGAGAACCGCCUGUUGACUGAAUCCAUCUAUAAGAUUGCCAGUAUCUUCAAGGGGGCUCCAUAUGAGAUGCUGAUCGACAUCACAGAGGCCUCCUCUGUCAUCACCUGGGACUUUGAUGUUUGUAAAGGAGACGUGAUGUUUAACAUCUUCCAUUCGAAGAGGGCCCCUCAACCUGUUAAGAAAGAUGCUCUUGGAGCCCAUGGCAUCACAUCCCUAGGGGCUGUCAGUGCUCAGCUGAUAGACAGGAGCUGGGUACUGGGCCAGGACUACAGCAUGGUGGAGAAAGCUCUUACCUGUAGGGAGGGGGAGAGUGUACAGGGCUCCCACAUAACUCGCUGGCCCGGCUUCUACAUCCUCCAGUGGCGUUUCCACAGCUCCCCGGUCUGCACCACCUCCAGCCUGCCUCGUGUGGAUGACAUGCUGGCCUCUCUGCAGGUCUCCUCCCACAAGUGUAAGGUCAUGUACUACACUGAGGUGCUGGCCUCUCAUGAUUUCAGGGGAUCCAUGACCAGUCUGGAGUCUUGUCAUAGUGGCUUUUCCCAGCUCAGUGGUGUCACUACCUCCUCUAGACAGUCCCACACCAGCUCCAUCUCAAGGUAGCAUCUGUCCAGCAGGUGUCCUAAGGCAAAAAUGACCUGAAACCUACUGACAUCUGGGCCUGCCGGUGCCUUAUGUGUUCAAAAAGAGGGUUUUUACUCAAACACUGAAAUAAGAAUUUGAUCUGACUGGUAGUGGGCAGAUUGUUUAUUUUUUUGUUUUAAAGGAUCUGUUUCUUCAAAAUCAUGAACCUGAUUUUUUUUUUUGUUUGAUGAAUGACUUAAUUUUUUGUUUGUAUGUUAGUAGUGUACACUAUAGUGCACAUCUACAGUGCAAAUGUCAAAUAUCUGAUUUAUUUGUUAAAUGUCUGCCCACAAAGGUGACAGUACAGAGGAAUAUCUGCUGUGCGUUGGCUGGUUAAAUAAAUCCACAAGUCUCACAAACAGCGUUUUGAUUAUAGAUAAGAUAGACAUAUAAGAAAACCUACCUCCAGUAUGUGAUGGACCCAGCUCCAGUCGCUGAAGUUGUCUUCAUCGCCCACAUGAUGUCACUGUACCCUGUGAGUGGAAUUGCUGUCAGCUCUGCAGUGUACGUGGCACAUAGGGUUUCACACGCACACACCUUGUCUAAGAAAUCAAAAGUAGAGUUAUUUAAAUAAAGAAUUUAUUACAAGAAUUAGUAUUGAUUGCUCCUGAAUGUGUCUUUGUAUUGAAUUUUGAUAAAGGGGUGAGUGCACUAGUGGUGCUAUAUUGGAGUGGUGAUUUUACUAAUCAGAGGGGUUAUUAAUCAUUUUUACUGCAAUAGGUAGAUGUAGUCACCAGCUAAUAUAACAUUUCUGUUAAAAUAUUCAGUACACUCUCUAGAUCCCAUGUUAUAUUGUGUUUUUGGCUUGUUAGGCAUACCUGCUGAGUUUUCUGAGGCAGCUAAUUUGGAUGCAGUAUAGUGCAGCCCCUUGUGAUCUGGCACAGGGCCAGGCAGACAACUGAUUUACAUAAAACUUUAAUUUCCAUAAACAUAUCAGAUGCUUCCAGCUAAAGCUUAAUUGAAUUUGUUUUUUUCUUGGCUUGCAAGCUUGUGUCGUAUUGUCACUUAUACCAUUUCUAUUCAAAGUCAGGUGGAUGGGGUUUUCUGAGGGGCUGACUAAACAGGAGCCUGACUUCCUCCUGGCAUCUUUGAAAGAGAAAGUACAGUGACUUUUCCAGGAACAUAUUUACUGAAUUACUCAGCUUGGGCUAAUGAACUCCCAAGAGGCAAACUGUCCCCAUAAAUAGCAGCACCUCGUACUCCUAAUAGGCCUCAUUUGCUUUUUAAACCUUCUUGUUCCUGACCUUGAGGAGGGCUGGUAGCUGACCCACAGCCAACAAACACUGAGAUCAUUUGUGAUUACAUUUAAAUGUGUUUUAUAUGAAUAACACCAAAUACUUGAUGCUGAUGGGAAUGCCACUAGUUUUGCAUUUUUGACCUGAUGAUGGUGCAGGAUGAAAAGUGAAGGGGAUCAUCUGAGUUGGAACAAUUUAUUCUGAUGGCACUGUGCACCAAAGAGGAAACAUCGGAGAACCACCGAUACAUCUUCUGGGGACCAGGAAUGUCAAGGGUUUUCCUCCUCAGUGGAUAUAU